AUUUAACCAUGAAAUGAAAUAUGAAUAAAUGACAACUAUUUUUCAAAAUUUUGAAUAUUGACUUUGUAGUCAAAUUAAAAUGUAUUGAAAAUAAAGUAUUUCGCCAGUUUUAUAUAAUAUAGAUUGACCACGUUGAGAAAGAUGGGACUGCUAACGGAUCCCAGUACUGGCCAAGGAAAAUUCGUGAAACUCUUAUUGAAGUACUAUAACAAACUUUGCAUUCUCUUGUACCUAUCUGGAAUAAUAUGGUUCUGUGCGUUAGCUUAUCCUACAAUGAAUGCUAGCACAUACUUUUCCGAAAAUGCUUUACUACCUGGUCUAGUCAAAUCACAAUUCAGAGAAGAUAAGGAAGCAAUGAGGUACCAUGAAGAAUUGAUGGAUGAAAUUAAGAAAUAUGGUGAUUCCUUACCAUAUCCUUACUUGCUAGCAAAGUUCAGACAGAUUGGCGUGGAUACAUACACCCAUAAUUUUACACUUAACUCUCCUCUAAAUAAAAAAGAGAAAUAUGAAGGCAAGAAUUUGUAUGGCAUUUUGAGAGCAGCAAGAGGAUCUAGCACUGAAGCAUUGGUACUCAGUGUACCAUACAGACCACCUGAUAGUGUACACCCUCCUACAGCUCCUUCAGUUGCUAUUAUGUUGGCUUUUGCCAAGUAUGCAAAUAGAGAGAAGUAUUGGGCUAAAGACAUAAUAUUCUUGAUAACUGAACACGAGCAGUUAGGAAUUCAAGCAUGGCUUGAAGCUUACCAUGGUGUUACUUGUGGUAAUGAUCAUGUAUUGGAGCACGGUGACUUGAAAGGAAGAGCAGGUGCAAUACAGGCUGCAAUCAAUUUAGAGUUACACAGUAAUAUAUUAGGUACAAUGGACAUAAAAAUUGAGGGUCUCAAUGGCCAGCUGCCUAAUUUGGAUCUUUUCAACUUGGCAUCAAAAAUGUGUGCCAAAGAAGGUCUGCAUCAUACUUUCAAAAACAAGGCUGCAAAAUACUACAAAGAUCCUAUCAAGGAAUGGCAAAAUAAUUUUAAGAACCUUUUGGCAAUGAUGGCAACACAAGCUACUGGGAUUCCAAAUGGCAAUCAUGGUCUAUUCCACCGUUUCGGAAUUCAAGCCCUGACUUUGGAAGGUUUUGAAAAUUACAAAGGAAAGGGAAGCAGUAAAGUUGGAUUUGUAGGCAUUGGAAGAAUUUUAGAGGGCACUUUUCGAAGUUUGAAUAACCUGCUUGAAAGAUUCCACCAAAGCUUCUUCUUUUACUUGCUACCAUCAUCUGAAAGAUACAUUUCAAUAGGAUUGUAUAUACCCUCAGUAUGUCUUAUUGCUGGAGCUCUCUUUGUCAAAGCUUGUGCCAAAUGGUUGAAACUACAAUCCAAAGCAGAAGAUUCAUCAGAAGAAGUAUCAGAUUCCUCUACAAGCUUUGAUAAAAUAAUAAUUGUAUUCUUAACCACACACCUUCUGGGAGUGUUGAUGUCCAUCAUUCCCCACUACAUGCCUCUCCUAGCAGAUAUGUACAACCUCAAUUCUAAUACUUGCAUUUUCAAUGGACAGCUUGCCUUUGCUGGCUUGCUACUGUUUACGCCCAUUUUCAUUUCGUUCAGACAAUGCAAGAAAGGAAUGGAGUUGUUGGAUAUGCUGGCUAUGUUAGAGCUUGGAACCGUUUUGAUAUGCAUUUCCAUGAAUAACUUUUCAUUGGGACUUUUUUGUGCGAUCGUCAGCGUUCCCUUGGCCCUAUGUAUUGGUCCAACAUCUUGCAGAUCCUGUUCAUAUUUCCAGAAAGUUUUCUGGUUGUUCGUUCAUCCGGUGGCCAUACUGAUAUCAGUAGUAUUAGUCAAUACAUACCUGAUGUUUCCUGAGGAAAGUCUCAAGGAAAUUUUUCACCGAGGAUGGGACGCCACUCACCAGUCCGUCAUUUAUAGCAUUGUUGAUUCCAUGAUUUAUGGGAACUGGUUGUACAGCGUAAUGACGUGCAUUUUUGUACCGAACUGGCUGUGUUUUUGGAUCGUCGCAUUCAGUUAUGUGGACCUUCACCAGCCCGAGUUCGCCAAAGAGAAAAAAGACUAAUUUUAGUUUGUAUGGAAAAGUAAUAGAGGUCAAUAAAUCAUAAUUAUGAUAUAUCCUCAUUGAAUAAGUAUGUUCCAGUAAGUUAAUAAAAAAAUUAAUAGAGUUGCUGAAAGCUACAUCGGCCUGAAACUUUCAGGCCUGGAUUUUGCAGCCCCCUAGUACAAAUGUUUGGUUAUAGGUUCUACUUUUUCCAAAUAAUCCAUUAUUUUAUGUUCACCCAAAGUCAUUGUCAAUUUUGAUUAUCAGUAGGAAAGUUGAGUAACAAACAUUUUCUGCCUGUUGAGUGUCAUUGAAAAGCCACUUUCAAUGUAAUUUGGAGAAAAAUAUCUAUUUCUUUGAGUGCAGACAAUGGGAAUAGCCAAUCUGAAGAAGAAUGAUUCAUUAAAUGGCAUGCUUUCGAAA